GCAGCAAAAAGGGAAGGGAAACAUUCAGCAGGUAGGAAUUUCAGGGGUAUAAAAUAAAAGGUCCUUUGGUUGGAGGACGCAGAUCAAUGUUUGUAUUCAAGAGGAAGACCCUUUUCUGUCAGACUGAACAGUACACAUCGGCUGUUGACAACACAUACAUAAUGAGCACAAGGGGGAUUAUUGUGAAUGCUUUCCUACAAUGUCAGACUGAAGGUGGUGGCCUUAGAUGUGUUUCAGACAAAGUGACAGCACAUUGUAAUGAAAGCAUUUCACUUGACGACAAAAAGGGGUACAAGUUGAAGAUCGGGCACCAAGAUAACACUGUUUACAAAGGAAACAAGAAAGAAAUUGAAGAGUUGAGCAAAUUCUACCUUAAAGAGGAAGUGAAGAUGGUAGUGAUUGGUGUAAUAGAUGAUUUUGAUGAGUGUGAGGCAGAGAGUGGGCAACUGUUGAUUUUGGUAGGUGAGGACUGGAAAGUGUAUGCUUACGAGACAGAGUGUCUUCAUCUGGUUGCAAAUAGUAUGCAAGAUCUGUUUGAGUCAGGGCUGAAGUACCCAGGAAUCAAAACCUUCUACCGUGGCCAGUGUUUUGCAGACAUGACAACAGAAGAAUGGUCUAAAGUUGAACGUGACAGUGAUGAGAUUCAGAAAAAAAAGGAUGAACAUAAGUGUUUCCUGAAGUCAAUGGAAGAAGAAUUUCUGAAAAACCUUGACAUCAUCCAACGCAAAUUACCAACGCAGAUGAUGCAGAACAAAAAGAGGCCAGUGAAAAACCUUGACAUCAUCCAACGCAAAUUACCAACGCAGAUGAUGCAGAACAAAAAGAGGCCAGUGAAUUGGUGUGAAAAAGCUACAGUAGAAGACCCCAAAAAGAAGCUGCGUUCUAAUUGUAAUCGUCUGUGUUUAACCUAUUAAUAAUAAUAAUAAUAUGCCAUUUAGCAGACGCUUUUAU